ACCAGACAGGAGUUUGUGGCAGAAGGAGAAACAGCUGGUAGCAGCAAAAAUGUCUGCGCUGCCUGAUGGAAAGAAACUGGUCCGGAGCCCCAGCGGUCUGCGCAUGGUUCCCGAAAACGGAGCCUUUCACAGCCCCUUCUCCCUGAACGAGCCGCAGUGGGUCCCCGAUAAAGAGUGUGCAAGAUGUAUGCAGUGUGACACCAAGUUUGACUUCAUCAGAAGAAAGCACCACUGCCGGCGGUGCGGCCGGUGUUUCUGUGAUAAGUGCUGCAGUAAGAAGGUGGCGCUGGCCCGGAUGUGCUUCGUGGAUCCGGUGCGGCAGUGCGCUCAGUGCAGCCUCGCCUCGCAGAAAGAGAUGGAGUUCUACGACAAGCAGCUCAAAGUGCUUCUGGGAGGCGGCUCCUUUGUCGCCACUUUGGGAACGUCGGAGAAAUCUGAAACCAUGAUGUGUCGCCUCUCCAACAACCACAGGUAUUUGUUCAUGGACGGCGAGAGUCACUUUGAGGUGGAGCUGUCUCGGAUCUCCAGCAUGCAGAUUCUGACAGACGAGUCGAGUCCAGGAGAGAGCGACAUUCACACGUACACCAGCCUGCCGGACACUCAGUAUCUCUCUGAAGGUUAGCGUUAGCGUUAGCUUCACUCCGGUGUCAUCGUCGUCACUCCAUGCUUCCUUUUUGUUUUUUCAGAUCUAAUUUCUCUUGGCUUUUUCAUUCAUAUCUGCAUGAAGCUGCAUGCCAUUGAAAUAAAGGAUACUAGGAAUGUACUUUCCUUCUUUUUUAUUUUUAUUUAAAGCUGUUCUUGAGGUCUGUCUUUCCUGUAUCAUGACAUCAUCACCUCUGAAAAAAGAAACUAAAAUUACUUGAACAAAAUCCUCAAUUUGAAUAAAAGGAUUUAUUGGUUUAAAAGAGUAAUUUUUUCAAUUCAAUCAACUUUAUUUUUAUAAAUAUGAGUUUUUUUAUUUUAUUGGAGUUGUAUUUUGCUUAGCAAAGUUUUCAUUGCAGCCUUUAAAAAAACGAUAGUAAUAUUUUUACGCCUCAAAAAAGUACUUGGUGGAAAAUAACACUCCAGUUAUUCCCAAGCAGUGUGCAUUGUUUGCCCAAUAGCACGUGUGUCUCAGAGACUCAUCAUUCUUUGUUUGCUGCUUCAUUUGAUCUUGAAAGUUGUGUUUCUGUUGUGUUCAUGCAUUGAUUUGUAAUCCUUCAUUUCAUUUGUACUUUGUUUUGAAUCCCCUGACAUCUCUUUGUUUUUGCAUCUGUUUGUUUGGCAUGCAGUAAUCACUAUUAAAGGUGGGGUAGGUAAGUUUGAGAAACCGGCUCGAGAUACACUUUUUGUUAUAUUC